CUUCAAUCUAACAUCUCACCAAACAACGAGUCAUUUGCAAAGCGGUGGAACAUAAAUAUCAUAAAAAUUGUUGCAAAAAAGUAAAUAUAAUAAAAAAAAGUGCAUUCCAACCGAAAAAACGUAUAGGACCGAAUACAAUCGUGGGCAUGUGUCAACGCUUGACAGGACCAGUGUGACUUUCCAGAGAUUUCUUCUUUUGCUACUUCUCCAGUUCUCCACAGUGGCUUUUCCAUAUUGAACCACGUGUGUAAUCUCAUUCUCAUAUAAGUGGACCUCUUUGCCCCCACUCCUCUCUUUCUCAUGUGUUUGGAACUCAUUUUGUGUUUCUAAAAAAAACUUAUUUUGAUUUUAGAAUCCGUUUUCAGAUGGUUCCCAACUUCUAUGAAAACAGAUUCUGGGAGCUAAAGUAGUUUUAAAAAUCAGAUCGGCGCACCCCUAUAUCUAUACCUCCUCUCCAUAAUUUUUUCCCAUUCUUCUCUCUGAAGUCUCAACCAGACCAAACCGCAGAUUAACAAACAGCCAUGAUCAGUCCUACUGUUACCAAUACUAAACCUUAUUUGUUUAAGCUCAAAUUAUGCAGUCUUCAGUCUUCUAAGAAGGUAAUGAGUUCUUCUUCUUCAUGUCUUUCUUUUUCAUCCCACCAGCCCAAAUACUCCGUUCAAUCCCUUUCUAUGUUCCAUUUCCCCAACAAAUCUUCUGCUGCCGAUACAAUCCCCACUCCAGAGCCAAGCCGAACUUCUCCUACGAUUUCAUAUCCUAAAGAACAAGAAGAAGCUUCUGUUUCUUCUUCUCCGGACCGUCGAUGGAAUUUUUUGCAGAGAGCAGCGGCGGCGGCUUUGGAUGCAGUGGAGAGAAGGAUUACAGAGCAUGAACUCAGACACCCUUUUCCAAAAACAAUCGACCCCAGAGUUCAAAUCGACGGGAAUUUCGCUCCGGUGCCGGAGAACGCCGUCUGCCACGCACUCCCGGUAGCCGGGAACAUUCUGGAGUGCAUUGACGGCGUCUACGUCCGUAACGGAGCAAACCCGCAGUUCGAGCCGGUUACCGGGCACCACUUAUUCGACGGGGAUGGGAUGAUCCACGCCGUGAAGUUUGAGAAAGGCGCCGCCAGUUACGCGUGUCGGUUCACGGAGACGCGUCGGCUGGUUCAAGAACGUGCCUUGGGACGCCCUUUCUUCCCCAAAGCUAUCGGCGAGCUCCACGGGCACUCCGGGAUAGCAAGAAUCCUCCUUUUCUUGGCCCGUGGAGCUUUCGGGCUCUUCGAUAGCAGUUCCGGCACCGGAGUUGCCAACACCAGUCUGGUUUACUUCAACAACCGCCUCCUGGCAAUGUCGGAGGACGAUUUGCCGUACCACGUCCAUAUAACACCCUCCGGCGACCUGAAAACCGUGGAAAGAUACAAUUUUGACGGGCAAUUGAAGUCCAAAAUGAUCGCCCACCCGAAAAUCGACCCUGUUUCCGGCGAGCUCUUCGCCCUCAGCUACGACGUGAUCCACAAGCCUUACCUCAAGUACUUCAUGUUUUCGAAGAACGGGAAGAAAUCAGAAGACAUUGAAAUCCCCGUCAAAGAUCCCACCAUGAUUCACGACUUCGCCAUCACGGAGAAUUUCAUCAUCGUCCCCGACCAGCAAAUGGUGUUCAACAUCUCCGAGAUGAUCCGCGGCGGCUCUCCGGUGGUCUACGACAAGAACAAGAUUCCCAGGUUCGGAGUACUAAACAAGUACGCCAAAGAUUCAUCCCAGAUUCAAUGGAUAGAAGUGGAGAAUUGCUUCUGCUUCCAUCUCUGGAACGCCUGGGAAGAAACAGAGACGGACGAGAUUGUGGUGAUCGGAUCGUGUAUGACGCCGCCGGACUCCAUUUUCAACGAUUCCGGCGAAGGGUUGAAGAGCAUUCUGUCAGAAAUCAGAUUAAACCUGAGAACUGGGAAGUCAACUAGAAAGUCAAUCAUUCAAAACCCAUCGGAGGAGGUGAAUCUGGAAGCAGGAAUGGUGAACAGAAACAAGCUGGGGAGGAAAACAAGAUACGCAUAUCUAGCAAUUGCAGAGCCAUGGCCUAAGGUCUCUGGUUUUGCAAAAGUUGAUCUUUUUACCGGAGAAGUCAAGAAAUUCGUGUACGGAGAUGAGAAAUAUGGCGGCGAGCCGUUUUUCUUUCCCGGAGUUUCUGGGCAGGAAGAAGAUGAUGGGUAUAUCUUGGUCUUUGUGCAUGAUGAGAAAGAAUGGAUAUCAGAGCUUCAAAUAGUCAAUGCAGAGAGUCUUAAGCUGGAAGCAACUCUGAAAUUGCCCUCAAGAGUUCCCUAUGGUUUUCAUGGCACAUUUGUCACUUCCAGUGAUUUAUUAUCUCAGGAGUACUGAUUUUAAUGUGGGCAUUGGAGAGUCAUCAAAGUGAUGGUUGAUUAUAUAUAUCCUAUGUUAUGGAAGUUAUCCUGAGUAACUAUUUUCAAAACUUUUGACCAAUAAUAUAUAUUUAUUAGAAAUUAGUGUAAUAUAAAAAU